AUGAUCUCCACUUGUUUGCGGUGUAAGAAGCGCAGAAUAAAGUGUGAUUUGCAACUACCCGGCUGUAAAAACUGCACUGCCUCGGAAACUGAAUGUGUGAUAUGGGAUGAAUGUCUAAACGCUAAGGUUUCAAGAGAAGAAAUUCACACCAGACUCCAGAGAGUGAUUUUGCUUCAGGAACAACUGGAAAAGACGCAACAUAGCCCACAAGAAGAAGAGACAGACGAAGUCAUUAAUCAGGGGCUGAUUGGUAAAGCAGGACCUCAGUAUCUGGUUCCAAGUCUGAAAAACCAGACGAUAGAAGACCUUCUCCCUUUCAGAUGGGAGACCGUUAAGAAAGGCUAUUGGUACGGCGAAGACAGAGGGCCAGAUGCUAUUUUUUUCGGGUCUUCGUCGCCAAUAUCAGUAGCAGUAUGGGCCUCGUCUCUGCUGGGUGUUAGAAUAGAACCUCCAAAAUACGUGAAGGAAGAAGUGGAGGAAUUCAGAUUGCCUAAGACUCUGAUUACGCAGCUGAUGAUGCGAAAGCUGUUGAAGCAUUAUGAAGAGAAAAUAUACCCCGAGUACCCUCUAAUUGCGCCCUCUUUCUUCAACAUGGAUGUGAAGUUAAAGAACCUGCCUCCUAGGCAGCAGAUUUUCACGCUUCUGGCCCUGGUGGCUGCAUCCACACAUCUCUCGAGAUCAGAAAAAGACUACCGAGUAAUUUCUGCCACUCUGAGAAACUGGCUUAAUGAUGAGGUUGGAGCAUAUCUCGAGGAAUACACAGAUGACACUUUUUUGGUUUUUAUGUUCUUGAUCUUGAUGGAGGAGUUAGAUCCACGGAGUCAGAACUUAUACGUAUUGCUGAGUAUGGCGUGUCGUUACGCAGUUAUAAGAGGGUUCUACAGAGAUACUACGGAUGAUGUUGAAGAGCGGACUUCGAGGCGGAAUUUGUUUCUUGUUCUGUAUAAGAUGGAGUCUGAAAUAGCAGGUUUUCUCGGAAGGCCGAUGCUUUUGCCGUGCGAGUCGAUCAUGUUUGAGGAUGCAGACCAGAAAACUGCAACCACACUAAGACUAACGAAGUCCAGAAUGGAUAUCUACAGAAUGAUCUUUAACGGCCCUGAUGACAGUUGCGUUUUCAGCCAGCAGUUGGUGGAAGAGCUUCUGUCUCUUCCUAUACUGGCUGCUGCCUCGACCCAUUGGUUCCUUGCUUCUCUGCCUUUUGCUAUACACCGUUGUCACGAAUGCGAGAAUUUGCAUCUCCCCAAAAGCGAGUUCCGUGAGAGACUCGUCAAAUCAUUUUUGAUCAAACUUGACGACCUUUACAGGCUGUACAAGGAGGACCAGAUCAUAUCAUUGUGGAUUCACACUCUCUAUUGUUUCAGCCUCUCACUUGCUAUGAUGGUGUAUUACAAAAUGGGCUAUUUAUCAAACUAUUGGACAUCCGCUGAUUUCGAGAAGAGUUUUCACAAAAUUAUUGAAAUGAUGGGAUAUUGUCGCCUCGGCUGGGCUCCUGCGGCGUUAUAUCUGGAAAUCAUUCUGGAGGUUUACAAUAAGAGCCAGGCGCUUGGGUAA